AUGGACGAUGGAGAGGUUGAAGAUCAUCCUGCUGAAAAGGAGACUGAGAAUUCAGUCAGCAAAGUUAUGCUUGCAAGAGUUUUAACAAAGAAAAGAUUGGCUUUAAUCAAAGCAUGGGAGGGAAGUGAAAAGACAAAGUCAGAGAACAGGGCAUACAAAAAGCACUCGACUAUUGAGUUGUGGAAGGAUAACAAGAAAGCAUCAAUAGAGGCAGAAUGCAAGAGAAUUGAGGAAAACUUGGAAAGGAAGAAGGCUGAGUAUGUUGAAAGAAUGAAGAAUAAAGUUGUUGAGAUUCACCAGUUAGCUGAAGAGAAAAGGACAUGCGUGGAUGCACAGAAGAGUGAAGAAUUCUUGGAAGUAGAGGAGACAGCUGCAAAGUUUCGUAGCCGUGGAGUUACGCCAAGGAAAUUCUUUGCAUGCUUUAGUGCCUAAGUUUCUUAGGUGAAUGAAGCACUAAAUUCUCAUCGAUUUGUUAUAUGUUGUUACACAUUUAAUUAUUGCUUGUUGUGUUAUUUUUUCAUAUGUACUAUUUGGAGCUGUUGAUUUGA